AUGACUACCUAUAUGAAUUUCAUAUCUCGUUUAAAACGAGUCUUUUCUCGUCCUACCAACUGUUUGUUGUGUCUUAUAUUUUGUAUGAUGUCUUUGCAUUCGUACUUUCUUUUAUUUGACAUUCUUGAAAGAUUAAUUAUUAUUCCAGGAGGAUCCAAUCAGAAAUUUAAUGUAUCUCAAAAUGUUGAUUCACCACUUCGAUUCACAAAUGCAGAAACUGAAUUAAAAUUUUCUGGAGAUCAUUCUGGAUUAGAAGAAUUGGAUGUCUUACAAAAUAAUUAUGAAUAUAUAGAACAAGGUGUGGAAUACGAUGCUAUAGGUAAAUAUGAGAUAGAAUAUAUUGAGCAAUAUUCUGAUGAAAGGAACAUACAAGUAUAUGUAGAAAAUUAUUAUGAAAACAAUGAACCUGAUGAGAAUCAAGAAAAAGAGAUGGAAGAUAACAAGGAACAAAAAAUAGAAGAUAAUGAGGAAGAACAAAUGGGAGAUAAUGAGGAAGAACAAAUGGGAGAUACUGUGAAAGAAGAUAUGGAAUAUAAUGAGAAAGAACAAAUGAAAGAUAAUGAAAAAGAACAAAUGGAAUAUAAUGAGAAAGAACAAAUGGAAUAUAAUGAGAAAGAACAAGUGAAAGAUAGUGAAGAAAAUAAUAAUAUCAAUUCGAGCAACAAUACUAUGCAUAAUAAUCUAAGAAUACAUAAAAAAGCAAACGAAACAAAUAUAUCAGAAGGUAAAAUUAAUAAAAUUUCAUCAGAAUAUAUUAUUUAUAAUAUUUUUGAAAAUGUUAUAAAAACGUCAAAAGAAAUUAUAUCUCUAAUUGCUAAAGCAUUUAUGGGUCCUAUAGAAAAAGAAGAAGAUAAAGUAAGCAAAGGAGAUAUUUCUACAUACAAUUAUUCAGAUAUAGAAAGUACAUUAAGAAUCAUACAAUUGAUGUGGUUGUUUGAUAUGGACAAUGCUGGUACACUAUAUCCAAACUCUAGAUAA